GCGAUGCUUCAAGCGUGUUUGUCCGGGGGAUACCGGAGGGCACGACGGACAAAGAUCUCCGAGUCUUCCUAGAGGCGCGAGUGGGAGCUGUCGUCACAUGCUUCGUCAUUCGUGACGAUUACGGCAUCGCAAAGUUCCAGAAGGAGGAGGAUGCCCGAAGAUGUCUGCAGGAACUCAACGGUUCCGAUUUCAACGGCUCCACCUUAAAGGUCCAAGCCGGGAAGCCGAAACGGGGUGCGGCUGCCAAAGGCAAGCAAGCCACUUCGGAGGUGGACCAGGAAGCGAAAGGACUGGUACAUCUGCGCAGCAUUCAGCUAAGUGGCGUGCCGCCAGCAAUCACAAAGGAAAAGCUUCGCCAGUGGAUUGAGGAGAGACUCCCUGGUGGAUGUGGGAUUGAGGCCGUUCGCCGGGUGGUGGGCACCGGUCACUUUACCAUUUCCUUUCGAAAGGAUCAGAACGCGAGACGAGCGCUUGAGUGCCUCAGCGGGGCCGACAUGAACGGACACACCAUCACGGCUUCACUGCGAGCGUUAGAGCUCAGUCGUCAAAGCAGCAAGGCGGGGCGACUCAUCGUUCGCAACCUGUCCUUCGACGCCAGAGAGAUCCUUGGAGACAAGGGGAAGCAGUGGUGGUCUGCGUGCUCUGCAUGCUGUGUGGCACGGGGUGGCUGGGCUGUUUGCGUGUUGCCAACAAAGGAGGUUUUCGAGCAGAUCGGCGAGCUGGCAGAUGUCCAUCUGCCUUCCAAGGAGAGAGACUUCCUCUCUGAGAAGUACCAAGGGGCUACCGGAUCUUCCAAAGAGGCAUGCGAGCUCUUUGUGGAAGCAGAGGAUCUCCUUGGCCAGGAGCAGUUUGCUGAAGCGGCGGAAAAGGCUCGAGCAGCUUUGAAGGCCUUCAGAGCUGCAGGAAGCGCCGGCGCCGCGGAUGCAGCCCGGCUCGUCGUGAAGGCCUUGGUCGGGAGCGGCGAAAAUGCUGCCGCGCAAGAGUUGGCCAACGAUGAGCUGGCACGAUAUAAAGAGGUCGGGGAUAAGAUUGGCGAAGCCAAGAUGCUAACUUCCUUUGGAGAAGCCAACUCCGCCAAGGAAGGCAAGGCGAAGGCCAAGGCCGUCGGCUCCGUCAAGGAAGCGAGGUCCAUUUUCAGAAACCAAGGAGCCAAAGAGUGGGAAGCAAAAGCAUUGCUCACCUUGGCUGGGAUCAACCUGGAGAAGGACUCGGAUCUAGGAGCUGUUGAGACCGCUUUAAAGAAUGCCACCGAAGCGCGGGACAUAUGCCAGGAGUUCGAUGACAAGCGUAUCGAGGCUGAGUGCCUCUUUGCGAUGGCAGAGGCUCGCGGCAUAGUGUCAUCGCCUGAUGAUGCACUAGAUGCAGCAGAUGAAGCGAUGGACUUGUACCUAGAGUUGCGAGACAAGCGCAUGGAAGCUCGUGUGCUUAUGAGAAUGUCGGAGUGGAACAUCAAGCUUGGAGACCAUGCCCGAGCUCUUUCCGAUGCAGAGGAUGCCCUGGAAAUUUACCAAAUGCUGCAAUCCUCUCAGGAGGUCAAGGCACUGCGAAGAGUCUUUGAUGCUCAUGUAGCCCGGAAUGACUUGCGCAAAGCUCGUCUAGUGGCUGCCGAAGCCUUACGCCGUUUCCGGGAGCAGAACAACAAGCGAGCACAGGUCGAUGCUGUCCGUAUGCUCGUGGAGCUCUACGUGAAGGCGAACCGGGUGGAGGAAGCCUUAACGGCUGCCAAGCGCGGUAUCACCGUGUGCAAAGAGCUUGGUGAUGUCGCAGCACAGGCCUCCCUGAUGCUUGUCGUCGGGCGUGCGCGUUUGAGAAUGGGUCAGCUGGAUAAAGGUAUCGCCGUGGCGCAGGAUGCCUUUGCAAUGUUGAAGAAGCUAACUGCAACUCCGAAGAUUUCGGAGGACAAAGUCGAAGCGAUGCACAUAUUGGUGGAAGCCAACUACCACAGAGGCCACAAAGAUGAAGCUCUAGACUUGUCUCUGGAAUUCAAAGAGAUUUUCGAGCAGCAAGAAGACAUGGCCGCGUUUGCACAUGCUCUUCUUAUCUCUGCAACACUGGAGUUCAAAAAAGGCAACGUCGAACAAGCUGCCAGCUACAACACCAAAGCUCAGAGCAUCUUCAAUGAUGAGGGGCUUAUGCCAGGUGAGGCAGAUUCCAUGAAGAUGCAAGCGGAAAUUGCGUGGAAGAAGAACGAGUUCAAAAGCGCGAUCCGAUUUGCUGAGAAGGGAAGGGCGUUAUACAGAGAAUUAGGAAAGACCGAGGGUGAGAUCGCCUGCAUGUAUAUGAUCUCUGAGAAUGCAGUACGGCUCUCCGUAAAGGAAGGAGCCAAGAUCUUCGGCGACGAGCCGAUCCCCCGGCAAGCGCGGGAUGCCUUGGAGAAGGGCAUCAAGCUUGCCGAAGCUGGUAUCAAACUGGCGAAGAACACUGCACUUUCCACCGCCCCAGAGUUGAUGGGAUCACUGCUCUGCGCGAGAGCUCAAGGCUUAACAUUGAAAGCUCGAUUCGAAGAGGCUUUGGCAUGUGCAGAUGAGGCCGUGUUGAUCUACAGGGAUCUGUUGUGCUACCAGCUGGAGGCGAAUGCGCUGAUGCUCUCCUGUGACAACUUGAGAGCACUACAGCAGAUCCGGGAGGCUGCCGAGGCAGCAGACGAAGCAUUGGCUCUGUAUCGGCAUGUUCAGGAUGAUGCAGGUGAAAACCUGGCCCUGGAAGUGAUAGCGACUUUCCAGGAGUACAUGCAACAACAGGCGCCACAGUUUGUCCCACCGCCUCCGACGCAAGCGGGUGCAGCUCCUGGACAAAUCCCUGUAUGGCUGCAGCAGCAAGGCCAAGAUGCGCCACCGGAAGCAGCCGUUGCAAAGCAAGCUCCAGCAAGAGGGCCGGCAGGACCUGCUCUUGAUGUUAAGGCAGGUCUCAGCCUGGACGUGAUCACCAACAAGGUGAAGGAGAUCGCGCUGAGAAUCACAGGUGCCGAUGAUGGAGAGAUCGAAGCGGAUACGCCCCUCAUGGAAGCGGGUCUAACCAGCAACUCUGCCAUCUUGAUGCGCGAUGAGAUCUCUCAAGCCCUGCCUGGCGUGCAACUUCCUGCACAGCCAUUGGCAACUGAUCUCAGACCACACUUUCGUGACUCUUCCCUGACUCUUCCGCGAUCUGCAGUGCUGAGCAUGGCCGACCUGGGGAUUUGCAGUGAAGCGCGUUUCCAGCCUGGAAGUAGCCUGGAAGUGUCCAUGGCUUCCGAAAAAGGUGUUUCGCACGAGAGGUGGACAAAGGGCAGUCGCGGAUGUUUCUCUCCCGUCAUCUGCUACAUGUCACAGACUCUGGAGGACGGCAAGAUAGGGGAGUUGCGUGCGAACGCCCCUGAGCGCGCCCCGAGCCCCGAGAAGCUGAGGAUAUGUGGACGUGCCGUGGCCGUGGACUGGGCAGUUGAUGCGUCGGUGUUCAGCAAGCUGAGCGAAGAGCCGCUGCCGGAGCCGGAGCCGUUGGCGCCAGCGCCCAAGAAGCCGAAGGAGAAAGCCAAGGGCUCUUCGCUCCCACUGGGAGAGGAUCCGGACCCAGACCAGGAACUGAAGCGCAUGAAAGAGCUGCUGGGUGAUGAUGUGGAGGAAGAUAAUGACCAAGAGGACGAGGAGGAAGAGGAGGAGGACGAUCCAGACGACGAAGCUGCUGGAUCCAAGCCCAAGAAGGACAAGCCGAAGGCAUCCAAAGCUAGAAAGCCUGGCUUCGACGUGGAGCAAGGGCUGUCCAUCUUCGUCAGAAAUGUCCCUUUCGAUGCAGAGGAGGGGGACUUGAAAGAGGUCUUCCGGCGCUUCGGCCGGGUGAGCUCCAUCAAGAUGGUGGCCGACAAGACAGGCCAGAAUGCCCAUCGGGGCUCUGCGUUCAUCAAGUUCGCCGAGGCGACCGCUGCGCAGGCGGCGCUGGCAGCUGAAGAGGAGGCCGAGAGGAAGCUCAAGGAGCUUUCCUCGGUGGUGCGACGCAGCGACCAGCGCGAGCUCCCCGCAGUGGAAGGUUUUGGCAUCAGCUUAAAGGGGCGCCGUCUGGUUCUGAAGCCGGCUGUGAAGCCACAGGAGGCUUCAGAGCUAAGUGACAAGACGAAGAUGAAGGGACAGGCUUCCAAGGAGCGCCGGACGUGGAUGCACUUGCUUAACGUCGGAGACAUCCCAGAGACUUCACCUCGCUGGGACAAUCUGUCCAAGUCUGAGCAGCGCCAACGGAUAGAGGGGCAGAAGGAGAGGAAGUGGCGAAUUAACAAUUCGAACUUCGCGAUCCAUCCUCAGCGCAUAAGUAUUCGCAACUUGCCCACCUUUGUGGAUGCCAACAAGCUGCGGGAAGCGAUAGUGAAGCAUCUGGCACACAGCCCGAGCAGCGCGGAUGCGGGUGGAAGGAAGGGGCGCCUGAAAGCCGCCCAGCAAGCGAUUGUGAAGGCCAGCAUGGUGCGGGACGACGAGCGCCGGAGUGAGGCGGGCGAGCGCCGCUCCAAGGGCUACGGCUUCGUGACCUUCAAGGACCACGACUCAGCCAUGAAGGCUUUGGAGUUCCUCAAUGACAACCCGACAGUCUUCGGAGGCAACCGUCGGCCAAUUGUCGAGUUCGCCGUCGAAGACAAGCGAAAGCUCCGAAUGCAGGAAGAGCUGCGGCAGAGAUACGAGGAAAAGCUCAAAAAGAAAGGUUCGAGCGGCCCAGAAGCGGAUGUUUCCGCGACGAACGGCGCGGCGAGCGCCAAAGCCAAGGCAAGCAGGAAGAGGCGGAAAGCAGAGAAAGCCGAGAACGGCGCCACAAAGAGGGGCCGCGGAGCCCGUCAGCGAGAGAAGCGUCGGGCACUUAAGGCUGCAGCUGCAGAGCGCAGCGAGGCGCGACUCGGCUGUCUCGACGAGACGGCUUACUCGGGAAGCUCUGGAGAUCUCUGGAGUUUGAAUCUUGACGCGGAAGCUUCAAAACCAGGCUGA